CUGGAGUGUUGUGGGGGGUCCGGAGGUUGCUGAAUGCGGACUUCCUAGGGAGGGGUGGCGGGUAUCUGGUACGCAGCUGAGGCCCAUGCCGAGCCGGCGCUGGUUGGUGCAAGCUGUCUGCCCUCUCGACGGGGAAACGACAUCACAUUUACUGAAUUUUAUAUGGUCAGAAAUCUGUUUAAAUCAAAGGACAAUUGACAACAAAUUUGAGAGGGGCUUGGAGAACACAUACCAGGAAUGGAUUCUCUCAACUAUGCAACGGUAUCUGAUUCAGCUGUGGAAAUUGAGAAUCAAAGUGAUAACUCUUCCUCUGGUAGCAGCUUAUUUAAAACUCAGUGUGUUCCUAUCCCACCUAAAAGGAGGCAAAGAAACCCUAUUAGAAAAUUUGUUCACAAACCUGAAAGUACUCAAGCAAGAGAUUCGUCUAGUGACUCAUCUAUAGAGCCAAGACCAUUGACUUUAAAAGCUAUUUUUGAAAGAUUCAAAAAAAAGAAACGUAAAAAGAGGAAAUACAAGCCAACGGGAAGAUCAAGGGGAAGACCAAAAGGAAGGAGAAACACUAGAAGCUCACAAAUAAAUAAGAAACAAUUUAAAGACAAAGGACCUGGUUUCCCAUUUUUAGAAUCAGGAAAUGGAAGAAAACCAUUACCUUGGAGAAAAAUUUUAACCUUUGAGCAAGCAGUGGCAAGAGGAUUUUUUAACUACCUUGAAAAACUGAAGUAUGAAUACCAUCUCAAGGAAUCCUUGAAACAAAUGAAUGUUGGUGAAGAUUUAGAAAAAGAAGACUUUGAUAGUUGUAGAUACAGAUACUUGGAUGAUGAUGGAUCUAUCUCUCCUAUUGAAGAGUCAGCAGCAGAGGAGGAGAUUGCAACAAAUCUUGAACAUGAUGAAUGUGAUAUUAAAUUGGUGGAGGAUAAUUAUUUCAUAAUAAGUUCUGAAUUACCAAAGAAGAAGAAUGUAUAUUUGGAACAAGAGGAAAAUACUGAAGAAGCUGCACUGCCUAAAAAGAGAGCAUCAAAAUCCAAAAAACACUGGACAGAAGACAGAAUGGCCUGAAAAUAGAUAGGAUUAUGACUACCAGACAAGGUAAACAGAAUAGAGAAAAAGGAACUUUAUAGAAAGAAAAGACCAUAAAUGUGAAUACAUAUGCCAGCCUUAUGAUA